AUGGCCCCAACGGCGGACGCUCUGUAUCAGCGCCGUCUGGCGUCUAGGUUCACUUAUGCACUUCCCUGCCCGGACAUAUCUUCGUUGUAUCGAGAGUUUCUGUUUCGAGACCCCGUAACGGGAUAUGACUUGAUGACAUUCCGAUCACCUGUUGACUACUGCAAGGAAGAGGGUCCCACCUCAAAACUGUCAGACUACCUAGUCAUCAAGCCGGAGGUUGAAGCUCGUUACUUCGAAGCCGCCUGGUACUGCGGUGAGCCAAUGAACGCAACGUUAAUCUGUCGAAACUUGGGAGUCGCCACCCCUCAGUGUUUUGACUUUGAUGCAGGAGUACCAGGCGUACACGGUCUCGAAUUCCUCAUGGCAAUGCUGGGUCGGAUCUUUCGUCCCUCAGGUAAUGAAGAGUGCGUGGUGAGGUGUCGACCCAAUGAACAUAACUAUAUAGACGACAUGAUCGAGUACUACAAAGAACUGCGGAAUAAGGCAGACAAGAGGGUAGCUCAGGUGGACCAUGUCCGGAAAUUGCGUAGACAACGGCACUUGAAGAAAUGGGUUCCCUAUAGUGCCUGCACUCCGGAAGGGCUCCAAAAGUUCGUACAAUUUGUUAAGCAGAAAUACCCGCCAGGGUCCCUCCCCGACUUCAAGGAAGAGCUCAGCUCCUUGUGGUUCAAAGUGCCUUGCGGCAGCGGCCUCUGGACUCAGGGGGAUGCGUUCCCCAAGUGCGUGUGUCCGAGGCUUAGCAUAAGCUGCGGUAUGUCCAGCGGUUUGCGACACCAGUACGAAGUUACUGCCGACUUCUAUAACGAAACAAGCCAAAACGCAUUUAAGCAGAUGACGACACCUCGUGAGGGCAGCAUGUCCGUCAUGCAAAAUAUGGAACCCAAACGCUGCGUGUAUGAGUGCUUCACUCAGAUCUCUCCUGAUUGA